CUCCUUCUCCUCCAGUUCUCCUUCCAAACAUGGCGCCGGCCCGUAGCAGCGCUGCCUCCCCAUCAGACUACGCAGAGAAGCAGAGAAAGAAGCGCAGAAGAAGCGCGUAAACUCCUGGAACCAGCGCAACUCCGCACUCUCCGCACGCGUCCGAAGAAGACUUUAACGCGCAGCUUUUGGAGACGUUUGUGCGUCACGAAGUGUGCGUAACGGAGAACCCACCUGUCCGACGACGAAGGCAGAGUUCAGUCCGUUACUUUAAGGAUGUGAAUCUCCGUGAUUGAUCUCUAAAAGUGAAGCAGGAAGUCUGGCAGCAGCUGUGAGAACAUGAGCAGCAGGAGCACGGAGGAGGUGGACGAGUGAGUCCUCAGAAAGAAAAAAAGAACAAGUUUUCCACUCUUUCACCGGGAGGAUGGAUGGAGAACAUUCUGCUCUGUCAGGAGUUGAGAGGGAGCGAGCGAGACUUCCACCCAUCCACAACAGCUCCCCUCCAGCUGUUCUGGGUAGAGGAACCAAGCAGCCGUUCCCAUCUCUGGGUUCCUUCAUCUCCUUGCUCAGCCAGAGGAGGGAAGCUGGGGGGCGGGGCUUCUCUGACAGCUUCACCGGGUCCCUGACAAACCCCGCUGGGCUUAAACAUGUGAGAGAGUUGCCUCCAAUCAGCAGCGACAUUCGUCAGAAGCAGCGUCUCUCCAUUGACACUCUGCCCCUGGAAGUCAAAGCUCCUUUCCCUUGUGACCCCAUCAUCCCUCUUCGUUCCAAAACCACCAAGGAGUUCCAGGGGGACAUGGAGUACGCCAUCCAAUCCGGUGACUGGAGGGAGAUCCGAGAGUUUUACCUGACCACCUUCAACUCCUUCAUAGAAAUCAACGCGGCCUUUAAGCGAGAGGCCAAUGGCUUGUUUAACACGACUGAGGACUCGGGAGUUAAUGCCAAAUUCGUCAGCACCGUUUACGACGCUCUGCUUAGCACACCUCAGGACAUCCAGAAGUCGGUUCUGAAAGGGAUCAUCAACAGUCUGCUGAGGGAGUGGAAAGGGCCUCGGACGAAAAACGACCUGAGAGCUUAUUUUAUUCUCAUCCAGAACCCACAGUACUCCAGCAGCAGCAUCUAUGUCAUCUUUGCCCACUUGCUGAGGCAAAUUGCAGCUCUGUCUGAGGCCGACCACCACUUCCUGGUUCACUGGCUCAAGAGGCUGUCAGCGAGGCGGUUCCGGCAGCUGGUGGAGCGCCUCCUGCAAUUCAUCUCCACCCGCCUGUUUCCUGCAGAAACAGACGAACUUCCUCCUUCAGCCAAGUGCUCCUGGUGGGUUCCUUCUGCCACCAAAGUUCUGAGCCUGUUCAAUGCAGCCAACAGUGUCUCCUGUCCUCCCAUCAUGCCUUUCACUGACUUCUACAACAUCACUCUAGAGCACAUAGACUUCAUGGAGGACUACAGAACCUGGCAGAACUAUGGCAACUCAAAUAGGUUUUCUUUCUGCCAGUUUCCAUUCAUCCUACCAAUCGUGGUGAAGAAAGCCAUCAUCCAGAAGGACUCGGAGCAGCAGAUGAUCAGUCAGGCCAGGCUAAGCCUGGUCAGUAAAGUGUCCCGGAGACAGAGAGUAGACAUGAAUCUUCUGUUUCUCAACAUUAAAGUUCGACGAGCACAACUCCUCAGCGACUCGCUGGAUGAGCUGACGAGGAAGAGGUGCGACCUGAAAAAGAAGCUGCGGGUGACUUUUGUUGGGGAGGCAGGGCUUGACAUGGGCGGCCUGACGAAGGAGUGGUUCCUGCUGCUCGUCCGGCAGAUCUUCCAUACAGAUUAUGGAAUGUUCACCUACAUGAAGGACUCGCACUGCCACUGGUUCAGCAGCUGGAAGUCUGACAACUAUUCAGAGUUUCAGAUGGUCGGGACUCUGAUGGGCUUAGCUGUUUACAACAGCAUCGCUCUGGAUAUCCACUUCCCUCUCUACUGUUACAGGAAGCUCCUGACUCCGCCUACUGUCCCAUGUGACCAGAAUGUGCUGGUUGGCAUGGCAACAGCCACCUUGGAUGACCUGCAGCAGGUCAUGCCUGAUCUGGCUCAUGGUUUAUCAGAGCUGCUGAGUUACCAGGGAAACGUGGAGGAGGAUUUCCACCUCACCUUCCAGGUGUUCCAGGAGGAGAUGGGCGUGGUCAAAUCCUACAACCUGAAAGCUGGAGGAGACAAAAUCCCUGUGACCAAGCAGAACCGGAAGGAGUAUGUCCAGCUCUACAUCGACUUCCUGCUGAAUAAAUCCAUUUACACGCAGUUUGCUGCCUUCUAUCAUGGCUUCCACAGCGUGUGUGCCUCUGAUGCCCUCAUGUUGCUGCGGCCAGAAGAGGUGGAGAUGUUGGUUUGUGGGAGUCCAGAGCUCGACAUGGUGGCGAUGCAGAAAGCGGCUCAGUAUGAAGGAUACAGCAAGACGGACACCCCCGUCAGGUGUUUCUGGGAUGUGGUGUUAGCCUUCCCUCUGGAGCUGCAGAAGAAACUCCUCCACUUCGCCACAGGAAGCGACCGUGUUCCCGUUGGAGGAAUGGCCGACCUCAACUUUAAAAUCUCUAAGAUCGAUGUUCCAGCUGACUGGCUGCCCAUCUCCCACACCUGCUUUAAUCAGAUCUGUCUGCCUCCAUAUCGAACCCGGAAGGAGCUCAAACACAAACUCACCAUCGCCAUCUCCAACGCUGAAGGCUUUGGUCUGGAGUAAGCAAACCUGCUCCCAGAACCAGCACCGAUACCAGAUCUGAGGUGGAACCGAUCCAUGCCAUCGUCUCUCAGCUGCAGAACAAAUGGGAGUUCUGACCCAACAUCAGCGCCAGAACUCACCCAGUCUGGUUCUGCUACUGGACAACCCAAGCAGAUGGACACUAGAUGAAGAGGUUCUGAUUGUAAAUACAGCACAGUGUAAUUCCUUCUGAAGGUUCUGAGUACGGAAGCUGCUUCCUUAGAUCAUUAAACACAAACUCUGCUGCUUUUAGUUUGUAAAAAGCUCUACAAGUCUUCUCAAUCAGUUAAAGAUGUUAAAUGUUGUUUGUUUCUCAGGUAACUGGUUCAGUUCGUUAUUAACAGGUUUGGGAUGAAGUGCACGUCCUGCGAUGCUCGGGUCUGCAUUAGGGUUGGGUUACAUAGUUUUUUGGUGUUUGACAUUGCUGCCCGUUUGGUGGAACCAGGCUGCAGCAGCAGAGCAGUUUGGGUGAGGGUAUCUCUGGUCUUACUGGAGUGGUUUUGUUUCUGAAGGUGACUCGGGAUGGUCAGAGGGGCCGUCCUCAGGGGGUUUAGAGGUGCUGAGAGAUGUGUGUUAAAUGCUUUUUUAAAUUAUUACGCCCUGCUUCACACGCUGCUGUGCUGUCAUGACUAUGCUGUAGUGUUCUCCACAACCCAAAUAAAUGAAUAAACACAAA